AAAAAAUAACAACAAUUCGAACGAAUCGCCGAUUUAAUUUGCUAAACCGCAACACAAAAGUGCCUGCCGUAAAAUAAUAAUUAUCAAGUCGGAAAAAACAGCUGUGUUUAUGAAAAGCAAACGGAAAAAGGGAUAGCGAAGCGGAACAAACGGCAAAACAAAGGAAUAAGAUUGAUUUUGCGCUACUUUCGCGGAUUAGCAUCGCGCGUAAAUUUUCGGAGGCUCCGUUGGCCACGCGUGUGAUUGUGUGGGUGUGAUCAAACAUAAAUAAUGUGCAAUUACGGGUCAGUAAAAACCCAAACAAAGCAGUGAUAAGGCCAAGAUGGUCCAUGGGUAAAUGCAGUGGCGAAGGAGUAUGAAAACAAAGAGCGCAAGGUGAAUGCAAACGAUCGAAUCGAAAAAUGUUAAAUUUUAAUGCCAAAUAAUAAGAGGGAAUCUCCUUAUAAAUAUCUGUGUUUACACAUAAAUCCCCAAAUGGAUGUGCGAAUGAAUCUCAUUGAACAAUCAAAUUGAAUGAAAAGCGGCAGUGCGAAAAUUGAGAGCAAGGAGGGAAACGCAAGGAAAGCAAGUGGAAGGAUAUGCCUCAAAGCUGAUCGAUUGACCGAGUAAAUGCCACAGGAUGUCAGCCAAGCACAUCGAGCAGUAUACGAAUCCCUCCUUCGAGCAGGAGUCCGACCCCCCGCCCACGACGUCUGUGGUGGGAGGAGGCACCUCCGCCACCUCCAGCAGCAGCAACAACAAUGCCAAUAACAAUGCCACCGACACCGGCACGACACAUCGCAAAGGUCACAGGCGGCAGGAAUCGAUGUACCAGAUGACCGGCCUCUACUCGGAGACGAAUAGCGGCGACGACAGCAGCAUAGAUGCGGCCCUCGACCACGACCGUCAAGCUCAUCUCUCCAACGAUCGGGAUGGAACGGGAACGGGAGCGGGAACGGGUGGCACAGGAGGAGCUACACAGGUGGGAGUGGACAGUGUGACGGUAAAGUGUCACAGCCGGCAGGCAUCGGCAGGAAAAUGCCCGGUGGAGCAGGAUGAGGACUAUGACGAGGAGCAGUUCCGUUCCGGCGAUUGCGGCAUCCUCAAUUGUCGGCCAUAUGGCAUUCAGAGAUUUGCCCGCAUCAAAAUCUUCGUGCUGCUGUUAUCGCUGCUGGUGAUGAUGCAGCAGGCCCUCAGCUCGGGCUACAUCAACUCGGUGAUCACCACCAUCGAGAAGCGCUUCGAGAUCCCCUCCAGCUACUCGGGUCUGAUAGCCUCCAGCUAUGAGAUCGGCAACGUGAUCACGGUGAUCUUCGUCAGCUACCUGGGUAGCAGGCGGCACAUUCCCGUAUGGAUCGGCAUCGGGGCGGUGAUCAUGGGCAUCGGUUCGCUGGUGUUCAUGGUGCCGCAUUUCACGGGCGAACCCAAUCCGGGCAUUGCGAUCGUGAACAAGACCAGCGACAAUAUCUGCCGGAGCGCUUUGGUCCGGGAUCAGGACAUGGACCUGGGUCGCCUCUCCAGCGGUCUGUCUCAUCAGCCCCUGGCGCCGCACACGCUGCGCGAGGAUAACUGCCUGGAGGGCAAGGCAUCCACCACGGGACCCGUGCUGCUCUUUGUGCUCGCCCAGCUGCUCCUCGGCUGCGGCGGCAGUCCGCUCUUCACCCUGGGCACCACCUAUGUGGACGAUCACGUGCGAACGGAGAGCUCCUCAAUGUACAUUGGUUGCAUGUACAGCAUGGGUGCCUUUGGUCCUGUCGUCGGCUUCCUCCUAGGAGCCUAUCUACUCUCCUUCCACAUGGAUUCUCUGUCCUCCACCACAAUAUCCAUUACUCCUGGCGACAGACGUUGGGUGGGCAUGUGGUGGGGCGGAUUCCUGCUGUGCGGCGUCAUCCUGCUGGUGGUAGCGGUGCCCUUUUUCUCCUUCCCCAAGGUUCUUGCCCGUGAAAAGAAAAAGAUCCGCAAGAGCAGUGUGGUCCAGCCCGUUCUGCCUAAUAACUCGGGUGCCGUGGCAGCCACCGAUGAAAUGGGCAAGGUGAAAAAGCUGGAGAUCGUGGCUGUGACCAGUAAGGAGGAGCAAUCACAGCCACCGCCCAAGGUGGACACUGGCUAUGGCAAGGACAUUAAGGAUAUACCGCAGUCGAUGCUGCGUCUGGUGAAAAAUCCCGUGUACAUUGUAACCUGCCUGGGUGCCUGUAUGGAGCUGAUGAUCGUCUCUGGCUUCGUGGUCUUCCUGCCCAAAUACCUGGAGACGCAGUUCAGUCUGGGCAAGAGUCAGGCGAAUAUCUUUACGGGUUCGAUUGCCGUGCCUGGAGCCUGCAUCGGCAUCUUCCUGGGCGGCUGCAUCCUUAAACGUUUCCAGCUGAAACCCAAGGGCGCCGUCCAGUUUGUGCUAAUUACGAACGUCAUCUGUCUGGCCUGCUAUGCCAUGCUCUUCUUCCUGGGCUGUGACAACCUCAAGAUGGCCGGCACCACGAUUCCCUACUACACCAGCAAUAAGCAGGGAUCCACGAUCGAGCAGCCCUUCCAGGUGAACCUGACGGCCGCCUGUAACUUUGGCUGCGAGUGCCUCCAGAGUGAGGUGGAGCCGGUGUGCGGCAACAACGGGCUUACCUACUUCAGUCCCUGCCACGCCGGAUGCACGGCCUUCUCCUCCAGCUCCAACUACACCAAUUGUGCAUGUGUUCACGCCAACAUCUCGAGCAGCAUUUAUCGGGGCGCUGGCGGCAGCCAGGCCCAGGCUCUCAGUGCCAACGAGGACUUUGCCGAGGUGACGGUGGUGCCGGUGGCCACUGCUGGUCCCUGUGCCACACCCUGCCGCACCAUUUAUCCGUUCCUUAUCCUCCUCUUCUUUAUGACCUUUGUGGUGGCCUCCACGCAGAUGCCGCUGCUCAUGAUCGUUUUGCGUUCCGUGUCCGAGGAGGAGCGCUCCUUUGCCCUGGGCAUGCAAUUUGUUAUAUUUCGCCUGUUUGGUUACAUUCCCGCCCCAAUACUGUUUGGCAAUCUCAUUGAUUCCACCUGCCUGCUGUGGAAGUCAGCUUGCGGUGAGAAAGGAGGUCGUUGUCUUAUAUACGACAUUGAAAAGUUUCGAUACAAAUAUGUGGGUCUCUGUGCUUCUGUAAAGCUGGUUGCAUUGUGCAUCUUCAUUGUAGACUGGUGGCUAGUGCGCAGGCGGAAGCAGCUCGAAAAGAUGAAGCCGCUUAAUGCCAGCGAUCCUAUUAUUGGUUCCAUUAUAAGUCUGGAUAAAUUAUUUGAAGAGAAGCUUUCUGGCGCUGAGCCAGCAACUGGUUUUGUGGGAGGCGGCGGAGAGCUGAUCAUACCCACAGAUAUACUGCGUCACUCCCGCAACGAUUCACGCACCAUGCAAAUGGAUUACUGCUACGACAAGUGCGGCCAUGUGGUGACGCCGGCCAAUACCUGCAACCUUCAGCCGCAGACCAAGUCCAAGAAGCAUUUCCGCAGCGCCUCAUGCGAUGUGAAGAUGAUCAAGAGCUUUGCUCGCGAUCACAACUCAUCCAGCGGUCCUGCGGAUGCGGCUGGCCAGGAGGCAAGCGCUAGCAAUAGUAAAUACAAGAAUCUCAAAAAGUUCCAGGCUCACACGCGCAACCAUUCGACGGAUCUGCAUGACAACAGCCAGCCCAUUCGAUACAUUCAGAACCAGCUGCGGCCGCAGGACUGUGCCGAGGAGGAGGACGACGACGAGCUGACCACCGGCUGUGGGCACUUCGUCAAGAAGCAUUCGCGAAACCACAGCUACGAUCAGAUCUAUAUGCCCAACAACAUACGCUUCGAUGCGGACUUCCUGCGACACCCACAUCCCCAUCACAAUCCCAAGAAGAACGUCAAUGUCUUGAAGAACGUUGUGACCGAGACGGGCAAGCUGAAGAACUCCAAUGAAAUGGAAGCUGGGGGAGGAGGAUCAUUAUCCAGAGGCCAUUCGCGUAACAACUCAAAGGAUUUAAACACCAAAAUUCCCAGUGUUACUCCGGGGAACCUUGUCGCUGGGCAGCCAGCAGUAGUAAUGGAUGGCAGCUCCGCGGGUCUGAGUGUGCUGCGGCAUCGUCGCACCAACUCCAAGGAUCUGAACUACCAAAUGCUGCCGGAGGAUGCUCCGGCCAGCUCAACGGUGGCCGGUCAUCCGCCUUCAUCCCAUCCACAUGCGCAGCAGCACACGAGGAACACGUCGCACCACAAGAUCCAGAUCGAUGACGAUCGGAACGAGCUCAUAACCGACAACGACGACGACGAAGAAGAGGAGCGUUCAGCCAGGGCUUAGUUUGAAGUAUGUUUAAACUAGGAUAGGCAGCUCCAUUCCUCUUUUAUGAUAUCCUUGGGGAGCGUCUGUUUCGUAAACUCUCAGCUGCUCAUUGUACUUACCUACGACCGAGUGUUCAAAAUCUACUUUCCUCAAUAUAUAAUUCUGUUUUUGAUAUACGCAAACAUGCAAACCGAAACGAGUCCGACACGAAAGCGAAUUCUCAUGGCUUGCAGAUCAUAUUUAGGCGGUAGUAGUAAGACGUCCUAGUGAGCAACUAGCAGCAUAUACUUUAGGCUAGCCGUAGAUUGUUGUGAUAGGAAUAUUUUGUACUGUAUUUUUAGGUGAAGAAGUGUAAGGUUCUCGAACUGCUCGGAUUUGUUUCGCUUUCCACUUUGUGCAAUCUCGGUUUCAGAACCGCAUUGAAAGGCAGGAGCAAGAGGAGAAGAAUUCCAAAAGAGGUGAAUAGAAAAUUGCAAUGUUUUAAUAACAAACCGAACAUGUAAACAAUUGUCAAUGGAAAUUGUGCUGUGAAACAACGAUGUGUGAGAAGAGAGAGAGAAAAUUAACGAAGGAAGGAUAGGAAACACGCUGAAUGUAACUCUUAUGCAAUACAAUUAUUUAGAGAAUCUUUGAGAACAACCAAUGAAAGAGAAGGGUUCGAAUGAUGUCUAGUUUUAAUAUAUCCUCAAUUCCCUGUUUUAACCGUAGAAGAGAUGAGAGCGAGUGUAGCCUGUAUUUUAAAACCGAAUGAUGUACUUUAAAUGCGAUAAUGCCUUACAAAAUAUCAAUUAAAUAUAUAUACACAGAAACGGGAGGGCCCUGCCAAGGCGCUCUCCCAACCAGUUCAA